AUGAACUAAAGUGUCAACACCUCUCAAAUGCUCGUACGAAAACAGAAAAGAUGAACGACCGAGAUGUAUCCCCCGUGAACUUUUCGGAUGCAUUCCAACUCGCCAAGAUGGAGUAUAACUCGCUGGAAGAACAUGAAAAAGAAGAUUGGAUUGAAGAAAGAAAAGAACAGGUUUUAGCAUGUAUGAGCGAACUUCGAAGAUAUUAUCAUCAAGAUUAUCGAGAGGUUUAUAAAUGUGGUGUAUUUAAUCCCAAUGCCAGGAAGGUUAUACCUCACAAAAAGAAAUUCCUAGAGAACAGAAACACUUUAUAUAAAAUAAAUCCCCGUGAAGAAUUAUUAUAG